CCUCAACGGAACCACUUCCUGUAUUCACACUCCUGAACAAGGGGCUGAGAAUGAAGAGGAAGUGCAGGUUCGAUGUGGACGGGGGCGAACGCCCAUCCAAAAAACGGUCCAGCCAGCAGGCCAUAUCCAAAAGGGUUUCCUUGGUGCUCCCUAGUCCUCAAUUGACACAGAGCACUCUCCAGAAACUGCAGAUUGAGAGUGAGGCGGCUGACCCAGACUGGCCCACUCCUAUGGAGACCAGGGCAAUUUCAAAGAUGCCAAGGAGAAGGGGCCUGCCAACCCCCAAGAUGGAGGACAAGGGAACCCAAUGCGACAUGGGAUCAAAUAGGAAAAGGAUGACUAGUUUCCUAGAUUUAGAUUCAGACGACCUUAGGACUGCAAAGAAGAUCAAGGUCACCGUGGCAUCCGGGUCAUACAGCUCCUUUGGCUCCUCCACAUCAACAGACACAUCCACCAGCAGCGAGAGGACCAACUCCAAAUGUUCAGAAGUCUGCGAUAAAUGCAAGGCCAAAGUCCGGCGCAACCCACCACGCAGAGCCAGUUUCACCUCGCUCUACAACGUGGGCAAGUUGCUGGGACAAGGAGGCUGUGGGUCCGUCUAUGAGGGAACACGAAAGGAAGAUGGGAGAGAAGUAGCCAUUAAGUACAUCCCCAAGGGUGUAUCGGAGUACUACCUCACAAUCCCUGGAACAACGUACAGGCUGCCCCUGGAGGUAGCCCUGAUGCAGAUCGUGUCGCGGCCCCCUGUCUGUGAGCACGUGCUGGAGCUGGUGGAUUGGUUCGAGCAGCCCAAGAAGUUCAUCCUGGUCCUGGAGCGUCCCACCUCCUGCAUGGACCUGUACGACUACUGUGAGACGAUGGGCGGGAAGCUCAACGAGGCCAUGGCGAGGGUCAUCAUGCUCCAGGUGGUUCUGGCGGUACGGCACUGCCGUGACCGCGGCGUCAUCCACCGCGACAUCAAAGUGGAGAACCUGCUGGUGCAGACGGACACUCUUAAUGUCAAGCUCAUCGACUUCGGCUGCGGGGAUCUGCUGAGGGAGAAACUCUUCAGGGACUUUGCUGGCACUACAGAGUUCUCUCCCCCUGAGUGGGUUCUGGAUGGGAAGUACCAGGGAUGCAAAGCCACCAUCUGGUCCCUGGGUGUGCUUCUGUUUGGCCUGGUCAACGGUGACCUGCCCUUCAGGAAGGAGGCCGAAAUCAUCCGAGGACACCUGCGCUUCAAGAGAGGGAUCUCCAAAGAAUGCAGAGACCUGGUCCGCUGGUGCCUCAAGCAAAACCCUCUAAAGAGGCCCGUCCUGGAGCAGAUCCUCCUGCACGACUGGCUGUCGGACCAGGCUUGCCCCUAAGUUCUUUACCAAUGUAAGCAAAUUGAGGAGGGUAGGGGUGGGAACUUAAUUGGAGUGGGGAGAGAUUUAGGUAAUUUGGAAUUAGUAGCUGUUAGUACCAGAACAACAUCCUCUUUUAUGGUCCUGAACUGGACAAUUGGGUCUUAAAAUUAUUUAGUGUUCAAAACCAAACCCUCCUCCAAUUGCAUUAGUCAAGGAUAGCAUCGAAAAACAAGAAACAAAGGAGAAGGAAGAGGAGGACACCAAAAAUCACCGGAUAUCACAUUUGAUCUGCGCAACCAACUGGGAAUGAGGACUGAAACUCAAAGCUGCUCUCCAGCGAACAAUUUUGCGGAACAUGAAGGGACACUCAAAUGCUAGAUAGGAAGACACCUUCAAAACACUGCGGACUUCUGACUCUCCGGGAUAAUACUUGGAGAUGUUGCUAAUCUGAUGAGAGAAAAUAUGGUUUUUAUUCAACCCCUGGACAACAUCUUACCUUCGCCUUUGAGCUGGCGUCGACAAAGGGAGGAUACAGAAACUCUCCAUAAAAUAACAACUUUAUGUUCCCCUAGACUGCACUGAGCCAACAACCACUGUUCUAGUACUGGGCUUGAAAAGAACAACAUCAGAACUGGAAGGAAACUCCAACAGGAAGAUACCUUCAGAAAGACACCACUGAGACCAGUUCUGACCUUCUCUGCUGCAAGGGCUUGAAGAGAGAUUGUACUCGGGGAGUGAAUUCCAAUCUACCCCUUUACAGCAUAUUACUUUCGCCUUUCAGCUGACGCAGGAAUGCCAAUUACAGUUUUGAGCAGAAACAACAGUUUUGCCCCCCCUUCAAAUGUAAUAUGAUUGAAAACACACUUCACAUCAGUGUCCUGGAUGUAGUUAGGAUUGUAAUCUUAGUCUUAGUUUUAGUGAAGUAAAUUAGAGCUGAAAAAUUGUGUCCUCAAGAAAAAUAAAAAAAAUAAUGAA